AUGUACGCCAAAUUGCCGUUACUCCUUCUGCUAUCCGCUGGGCUGGCCUCCGUUUCCACUGCAUACGCACCACAUUAUGGUGCGAGAAGUAUAAACAUCGUUCCGAGACAGAACAACGGCGGUGGUCAGAACAACGGUGGAGGAAACGCAGCAUUAGCACUCGAUCCCGCAAACGUUCAGGAAGCCUCAACGCAAACAGGCCAGGAGGGGGGCGGUGAUCCAGCGCAGGCCGAUUCAGUGACCGACGAUGCAAACUUCAUAAACUUCUGCACGGGCAAAACGCUCACCAACGGGCAGCAAGUAACGGGCGGAUCCUGCAACGGCAUAGUGAUGGGCGACAUCCCAUCACAGAACAACAUGGUCUCGUCGAUCAUCGUCUCCCCCGCGCCGGGCGAGGACAUUGCCGCGGACACGGCCUUCGACAUCACCGUACAAGUCGCCAAUCUGGCCGCGGGAUCGUUCACUAACCCCGAAAACACAUACUACGCGGCGCCGCAGGCACUUAAUGGCGGGAAUAUUAUCGGGCAUACACACGUCACCGUGCAGGACCUGGGGAACAGCCUGACCCCGAACCAACCACCGGACGCAGCAACAUUUGCCUUCUUCAAGGGCAUCAACGACGCCGGCAACGGCAACGGCCUGCUGUCCGCCAACGUGGCAGAAGGCCUUCCGGCUGGAAACUACCGCGUGUGCACUAUGAGUAGUUCCUCGAACCAUCAGCCGGUGCUCAUGCCCGUCGCCCAGCGCGGUGCCCAGGACGACUGUACCAAAUUCACUGUUGGUCAAGGAAAUGCCGGCAACGGGCAGGGCAACGGGCAGGGCAACGGGCAGGGCAACGGGCAGGGCAACGGGCAGGGCAACGGGCAGGGCAACGGUCAAGGCAAUGGACAAGGCAAUGGACAAGGCAAUGUGGCAGCCGAGCUAGCGGGGUACCUGCGGAGCUCGCUGUUCACGCCUUUGAGCUCGAAUAUCACGCGUCUCCGGCAGGAGUGCGAGGCGUCUAUGGCUACGCAAAAGGAUUUGGUUCAGGAUGUGCAAACGCAGAUUUCGGAUGUCAUAGAGCCGACGGCGGAAAAGCUCAUCCCGAUCGCAGAGGAGCUGAAGGAUGUGUACCGGCAGAUCGAGUUGCUCGAGGUAUCGAUCGUUCUUUCCUCUCUACAGCGGAUGGGUGGAUGGAUGAGUGGGCUGACUGACUGA